AUGUCAUCAACAAAAUCUUAUGAAUGGAAAAUAUUAGCACUUGGUAGUGAUCAGCAACUAGGUGAAGAAAUUAAACAACAUUUACAUUCUCUUGGUUAUAAAAAUGCACGCGUUGUAUUAGGAGGAAUGGGUGUGCGACAUCGAGGUGGUAAAGCAUUAGGACGACAUGUUGUAUCGCGGAGUCAAGGUGGAUCAAGUCUGCUAGCUGUCCAUUUCCCGGGUAAUGGUUUAAGGGUAGAAUCAACAGGGGUUGUACCAAUGAAAGAUAGAAACUAUCAAACAUCAAAAUUAGGCUAG